AUGCCUGCCCUUACGAUGGGACUCGCGAUCUCUGCAACAGUCACUGUGGGUCCGAUAUACUGGGCGCAGGCGUUCGUCGUUAGUAUCAUUACGCCUUGGGACAUGGACAAUGUCUUUUCCGUCAGAACGCUCAUGCUAAGCAAUGUUAUGCCACGGGUACCCCAAGGGUUGCCGGCGUCGCUGGUGAUAACAAUGGUGAACUAUUCGAUCUCGUUUGGGUUAGGUUCGCUGGGAUCGUUGAGUCGAGACUGA